AUGCGAAAUAGGGCGGACUUCAACGUCUUGCCGGGGCUCGGGAAACGACCAACGAGAGAAGAUGACUGCGUCGGUCUUCUCUCCUGCCCGCUGAACGGCGCUGUGCCUACGCUGUGCCUGCGAGUGAACGAUGAGAGUCGGCAGGUUUUGCUGGACACUGGCUGCUCGCAGUGUCUGAUCCACGUAUCGCUGUGCGGAGCGUGGAAGCCGACUAAUGUUAGCAUCAUGACGAUGGACGGUGCAAGGCAUCGUUGCUUGGGAACUACUACUGUGUGUCUGAACAGCACAGGAGAGCGACCAAUGUUUGUAGAUGCAUUGGUAAUUGGAUUUCGACCACUGAACUUCGAGUUCGUGCUUGGAAUGAACGGCGUGUGUGCAUUUGGAGGAGUUCACAUUGGAGCGGAAGGAUGUGUGACACUCGGAGUCAAGACGGCUGACUGUGUGGAAGUCAGUGCCUCUCCUGGCGGUGAAGGAGGACAGAGUGCUGCCAACGCUAGACGUGAGUCGUGCAGCAAGAGCCCGCAGACCGGGGUAACAGCCGGCGGGGCGGCCACGCUGGAAUGUGACCGACCGGCGCGGGGAGAAGCAUGCCGAGACAUAGUGGUCGAUGAAGCCGACUUCACCGCGAGGUUUGAUGCCAAUAAAAAGCAGUGGACAGUAAACUGGAAGUGGUUUGGCAAUGAUCAACCUAGUGGCCUGAAGAAUUCAGUCGGAGAGUAUCAGAUCAAACCUGAAGCCAGAGAGGAGUACGAGUGUGAGGUUCAGGAAUGGAUUGAUCGUGGAUGGCUGCAGAAGUACGAUGAACGCACAAUGGGACUACCGAAAGGUUUAAUCCCUCUCAUGGCAGUGGUUCAGAAAAACAAAGCCAAGGUGCGGCCGGUGAUGGAUUUUAGAGAACUUAAUGAGCACAUUGAGUCGUUCACCGCCAAUGCGGACGUCUGCGCGGACAAAAUGCGCGAAUGGAGAAAACAAGGACGCAACGUGGCUCUCGUCGACCUAUCGAAGGCUUACCUUCAGAUCGCUGUCAGCGAGGAGCUGUGGCCGUACCAAACCGUGAGGUUUCGUGGCCAGAUCCUGUGCCUUACGAGGCUCGGAUUCGGCAUGAAUGUGGCGCCGGUCAUCAUGAAGGCCAUUUUGAAUGCGACGCUCCGGCAGGAUGAGACUGUAGCUGCUGGUACCUCGUCUUACAUUGACGAUGUGUUUGUAAACGAGGACGUGGUGAGUGCUGAUGCGGUGCGGAGACACCUGCAGUGCUUUGGUCUUUCAAGCAAGACGCCGGAAAGGAUGACAGAGGGUGCACGAGUUCUCGGGCUCCGCGUCAAGCAGACUGAUGGUCGAUUACGAUGGAAUCGAGAUAAUGCCUUCGGAACGAUCCCAGAAAAGCUCACCCGUCGUGUCGUCUUCUCGUUUUGCGGGAGACUGACAGGACACCACCCAGUGUGUGGCUGGCUGCGCGUAGCGGCGGCUUACAUAAAGCGCCGCGCCAACGCCGUCACCAACGGCUGGGACGACCCAGUGAAGGACGGUGGAGCGGUGCGUCACAUGCUGGAGGAGGUGGUGCGGCGUGUGCAGGCUUCUGAUCCUGUCGGCGGUCGCUGGGACGUAUCAGGAGAUGAAAUGUCAGUGUGGACCGACGCCAGCUCCCUGGCAAUGGGAGUCGUGCUGGACGUUGGUGGUGACGUCAUUGAGGACGCCUGCUGGCUGCGCACUGAAGAAGCGGCCCACAUCAACUUGGCUGAGUUGGACGCUGCAGUCAAAGGUAUCAACCUGGCGCUCGUCUGGAAAGCCAAGAAAAUCCGACUCCUGACAGACUCACGCACUGUGUACCACUGGAUUUCUGACGCUCUCAGUGGCCGUGCACGACUGCGAACUAAAGCAAUGAGUGAAAUGCUCAUUCGUCGCAGGCUGGCUCUCCUGACUGCCCUGGUGGACGAGUUUGAGUUGAGCGUCAGUGUGGUGUAUGUCACAUCAGCCUGCAAUAAUGCCGAUGAGCUGACGCGCGUGCCACGGAAGUGGCUGAAGACCACUUCAAGUGGCAUUGGCGGCACAGCUUGCGGGGGAGUUGAAGCGAUGCCCACCGAUGCACUGAUCAGGGCGGUUCACGAAGCCAGUGGCCACCCAGGAAUUAACCGCACUCUCUACUUCGUCAGGAAGAGGGAUCCUACUGUGAGACGACCCGAAGUGAGAGAGGUGGUACAGGCGUGCGAUGAGUGCAGCUCCAUCGACCCGGCGCCCGUCAGAUGGAAGCGUGGUAGGCUCUCAGUAGGUGACGGAUGGCGACGCUUGGGCAUGGAUGUGACGCAUUUCGGAAAUGCACUCUACCUAACGAUGGUCGAUUGUGGACCGUCUAGAUUCAGCAUCUGGCGGCGACUACGCAGCCAGAACAGUGAUGCCGUCUGCGAGCAGCUGGAAGCAGUGUUUCAUGAGCGUGGCGCCCCCGCCGAGAUUCUUGUGGACAACUCAACUGUGUUCAGAGGAAGUCGGUUUGAGGAGCUCCUACAGAAAUGGGACGUUACUGUGCACUUCCGCUGUGCGUAUGAGGCCGGGGGCAAUGGUAUAGUGGAACGUAACCAUCGAACCAUCAAGACAAUGGCGGCCAGAACCCGAUGCUCGGUGGCAGACGCGGUGUACUGGUAUAACAUGACACCACAAGACAGCCGAGACGAAGCGACGUGCCCAGCGGCUCAACUGUACCAGUACUCACAACAGCAGCUCCUCAGGAGGCUAACAUGCUGCCGGCAGCACUUGAUUCCUCUCAGCAAAUGGUAG